GGAUGCUACAUUUGGCAAAUUUCGCAAAGGCAACAGUUUUAUACGCACCGACUGUUGUAUUGGUUCCCGGCCAUUUUUCCACCAUACUGCUCGGUCUGGUUGAUGACGUUCCUCCUGACGAAGGUUCCGUUCCUACAACCGCAAACGGUUUGUGGUUUCCGAAAUAUUUUAUCGGUUCUGCUUUAUUGGAUCUCGUGUUUGGCAGUAUUUACCCGUUUUGAUUCUCAUUGUUUACUGUUCCCGUUGAAGAGCCACGGUGGCUGGGUUGGUCCGUUUGUGGUACAAAACGCGACGUAAUUCUGUUUCCUGGAGCAGUCGACCGUUAACACACGGAUGUGACGACAACAGCGGAAAUGGUAUCAGGAAAAUAUGAACCAAAUAAGGAGGAAUUAACGCCGGCAUCCAAUGGACGCGACAGGGAGAAUCUGCUGAAAAGCAAAGAGACGGGCAUCGGGUCCAAAACAAUAACGAUUGUCAAGGAUGAUGUUGAUGCGCACGAACUAGCGCCGCUCAAGGAGCAAGAUGAAGAAAGAGAAGUGGUGACAGAGAAAGUGGUUCCUAAAGCUCCCGAUGGUGGCUAUGGAUGGGUUAUCGUUGUUGCCUCCUUCUUUUGUAACUUUAUCGUGGAUGGUGUCGCCUAUUCUUUCGCCAUAUAUCUGACUGACUGGUCAGAAGUGUUCCCGCACGAUGGAAAAGAUAAAAUAUCUUUGGUCGGCUCACUACUCAACGGAGUGUACCUUUGCAUGGGACCUAUCUCCAGUGCUCUUACCAAUGCCUUCGGUUUUCGAGUUGUAAUAUUUUCUGGUGCAAUAAUUGCGGCAGCGGCAUUUGUCGGAAGCGCUUUCUGUACCAGUGUAAAUGCGUUGAUCGGUGUUUUUGGAAUACUUGGAGGUAUUGGUUUUGGUUUGAUUUACUCGCCAUCCAUUCUGUGCGUGUGUUAUUAUUUCGAAAAGAAGAGAGCAUUGGCGGUGGGAAUUUGUGUAUGUGGAUCUGGUGUUGGGGCGUUCGCGUUUCCGCCUUUAAUCGGCAGGGUGGUGGACUAUUACGGAUGGGCUGGCUCCAUGUUCAUCUUAGCCGGACUGGUACUACAAGUUUGCAUUGCUGGUGCGUUCAUGAAAACGUUAGCCGUGGAAGUUACCGAUAACGUGGAAGUGCGCGAGACACCCGAGGAAGCACCUCUUCUGGAACAGACGACGGAAACGUAUGUUCGAGAUGCUAAUCCGCCGUUAAACCGUACUUCCUCUCUCAAUCAGCCGACAAAUUACCGGGACUUGAAACACCUGAAACCACAACGAAUGCGUAACCGAAGCGAUUCGGAACCGGGUACAGAUGUGGAGAUCGUCCAUUCGAGGAAAUAUUAUUCGCAACAUGGUAUCGACGUUCAGACUGUUGAAAAAGGAAAAGUAGAGCAUCGCUUUGUUGCCGGAACUCAUCGCCACUAUUUCUCCACGCCGGACAUUUCGCAGGAUAUCCGCAAGAUUAAACGAGUGGAAUUUCUUCCACCAUUUGCUCGUAAAGAUAUCGUUGUGCAGGGAAGCUUGAAGCAUUUGGACCGAGCGUCCAAGGAAAAACUGGAGCUGGACUCAUUCCGACGGGACAGUCAGAGCGGCGUGUCGCGUCGCUCACAGACUAAGACUACUGAAACCAUCGUGACAACGGCCCCGGCAGAACCACCAAAGAAAUCUUUCCUACCUCCGGAACUCCGUCAAGCGCUGAAGGAAUUGUCGGAUUUUAGCAUCUACACCAACGUGGUAUUCCUCAUUUUUAGUCUGGCUAGCUUCUUCGGCAUGGUGGCUUUCUAUAUCCCCUUUAUGUUUAUUACUGAUUACGCGAAGCUGAAUAUUGAAGGAGUUUCUAAUGAUCAAGCCAACCUACUCAUAUCGGCAAUCGGGUUGACCAAUAUCUUUGGUCGUCUGUUCUGGGGUUGGUUAUCCGACCGGCCCAACAUGGAUCCCCUGAUCGUGCACAACUGUGCCAUUACCGUUGUGGCGAUCGUCUUGGCUUUCAUUCCAGCUUGUUUGGAUUAUUACUCGCUCGCGGUGGUUUGUGGAAUAUUCGGAUUUUUCGUUUCGCCAUUUAUAUCGUUGCUGUCAAUUAUUUUAACAAGCCGGAUUGGAUUGGACCAGCUGCCCAGUGCAUUCGGGCAGUCGCAGUUAGUUCGUGGAAUUGCAUCCAUGGUUGGAUCGCCCUUUGGAGGUUUCCUGUACGAAAAAACGAAAAACUACUCCAUGACCUUUUGGGUCAGCUCAGCGGAGUUCAUCUUGGCGGUGGUCAUUGCUUCCAUGAUCCUUGUUAAAGAGUUUUUCCAAAAACGGCGAAGUCGCGGAAGAGCUGUGAGCGAAGUGCGCGCGUAACAGCUGCCGGAAAUUCGUUCCUCUCGUCGUUGCCCGAAUAGCGAUUGCGAUUUUUUCCUUGUAUAGCUCAGGCUAAACUUCACAGUGGAUUAUUUAUCCCGAUAAUAUGUUGCAGUGUUCGAAAAUCAUGGUGAUACGAUGCUUAUGGUUAGGUGCUAGUUUCUUUUUGGUUUCGUUUAUCAUUACCAGCUGUGUGGAUUGCAUUUUUUCUUUGGUUAUGCUGUUAAUAUCACCGGGUUUUUUUGUGUCGUAUUCUCACAAAGAGUGUUCGCAUUUACCUCUUCUCAUGCAGUGAUGAUUUUUUUGUUAUUUGUUUGAUAAUUUAUUCCUUGGUGCUUUUGACCUGUAUCCAUUAAAUAGUCUCGACC